GCGCUUACGGCUUCCGGUGUGGGUGACGAGUGGUGGCUGAGGCUGGGGGAUAUCAAGGGACGCUCAAGCAGGGACCAUGGCGGACGGCGGCUCGGAGCGCGCUGAUGGGCGCAUCGUGAAGAUGGAGGUGGACUACAGUGCCACGGUGGAUCAGCGUCUGCCCGAGUGCGAGAAACUGGCCAAGGAAGGAAGACUUCAAGAAGUCAUUGAAACCCUGCUCUCUUUGGAAAAACAGACCCGUACUGCUUCUGAUAUGGUGUCUACGUCUCGUAUCUUAGUUGCAGUAGUGAAGAUGUGCUAUGAGGCUAAAGAAUGGGAUUUACUUAAUGAAAAUAUUAUGCUUUUGUCAAAAAGACGGAGUCAGUUAAAACAAGCUGUUGCAAAAAUGGUUCAACAAUGCUGUGCUUAUGUGGAGGAAAUCACAGACCUUCCAACCAAGCUUCGAUUAAUUGAUACUCUACGCAUGGUUACAGAAGGAAAGAUUUAUGUUGAAAUUGAGCGUGCUCGACUGACAAAAACGUUAGCAACUAUCAAAGAGCAAAACGGUGACGUCAAGGAGGCAGCCUCCAUUUUACAAGAGUUACAGGUGGAAACCUAUGGGUCAAUGGAAAAAAAAGAACGAGUGGAGUUUAUUUUGGAGCAAAUGCGGCUCUGCCUCGCUGUGAAGGAUUACAUUCGUACACAGAUCAUCAGCAAGAAAAUCAACACCAAAUUUUUUCAGGAAGAAAACACAGAGAAAUUAAAGUUGAAAUACUAUAACUUAAUGAUUCAGCUGGAUCAACAUGAAGGGUCCUAUUUGUCUAUUUGUAAGCACUACAGAGCAAUAUAUGAUACUCCCUGUAUACAGGCAGAAAGUGAAAAGUGGCAACAGGCUUUGAAGAGUGUUGUCCUCUAUGUUAUCUUGGCUCCUUUUGAUAACGAACAGUCAGAUCUGGUUCACCGGAUAAGUGGUGACAAGAAGUUAGAAGAAAUUCCUAAAUAUAAGGAUCUUCUGAAGCUCUUCACCACAAUGGAGCUGAUGCGUUGGUCCACGCUCGUUGAGGACUACGGCAUGGAACUAAGGAAAGGUUCUCUGGAGAGUCCUGCCACUGAUGUUUUCGGUUACACAGAAGACGGUGAAAAAAGGUGGAAAGACUUGAAGAACAGAGUUGUUGAACACAAUAUUAGAAUAAUGGCUAAGUAUUACACAAGGAUAACGAUGAAGAGGAUGGCACAGCUUCUGGAUCUGUCUGUUGAUGAGUCGGAGGCUUUUCUCUCAAAUCUCGUAGUAAACAAGACCAUCUUUGCUAAAGUAGACAGGUUGGCCGGAAUUAUCAACUUCCAGAGACCCAAGGAUCCAAAUAAUUUAUUAAAUGACUGGUCUCAGAAACUGAACUCAUUGAUGUCUCUAGUUAACAAAACUACACACCUCAUAGCCAAAGAGGAGAUGAUACAUAAUCUACAAUAGGGUUUUGAUGCCCUUAAUGCUUUUAGAAAAGAGUUCAAAUUGGAAGUCAAUUUUAAAAAAAGACUGUUGUGGUGUAUAUGUUGAGUUAUUUUUUUUCCUGUUCUCAGCUCCUUUGUCUCAAAUUUAAAAUAUAGUGAAUAUGUUUGAAGCCCCUUACAACCUUUCAACUCCCUGACUUCAUUGUUAACUUUUCAUUUGCAGUUAGUAAAAAACUAUACAUUUCCGUUGUCUGAGUGCUCAAAAAAUUGUGUCGUAACUUACCCAAAUGUUUUCUAUCUUUGAAAACCUUUUUAGCUAUUACUUGUUUUCAUUCAGCUAACAACUAUAAUUAUAAUAAAAGCAGUAUACGCACGUUUAUUUUCUAUGA